AUGCGUGUCCGGCCUUUCGUCUCAUCUGCUCUCCUCUUCCUCUCCAUCUCGACAGCCAUCGCCGGCCCUCCCUCGAACCCGGAUUCGAAGAAAAAACUCCCUUCCAAAUCUACUCCGGACUCGGGUGCUGCGAAGCCCGUCCCCGAGGCUGUCGCCACAGAUCGGCCCCAAACCAGGGACUUCAAUAGUCCGUUCGAUGGGAAAGAUGGCAAACCUCACGCCGGGCCGUUUAUAGAGACAAAUGCAGAGCGAGACCGCAAGAAGUCUCAAGACGGCUCAAAGACCACGGACGAUGACGACGAGACCUUCUCAGAUCCAGAUACUGAACAUAUCGCGCCAGAUGGAACAAAGAUCCCCCAUUCAAAUGAUGGAGUCAUGGACGACAAGAACCGUUCUGGCCCAAAAGAGGGAACCACAGGGACGGAGGGAGGUGUGUCAGAGAAAUCCAAGGGAAAGGACACCAGUGAGGACAGGAAACCCGACCCUCCAAAGGAAGCACCGCCGCUACCUCAUAGCGAGCAGAAGAAGAUUCCUGGACAGGAAGAACAAACGGGGGAUGAGGAAGACGAGCAGAAGAAGGGAACGAAGGUAUUAGAGAAACCCGAUGACUUGCCAGAAUCCCCUCACUCGAUUACCCCCCCAUCUGGACCCGGGAAGUCAGACAAAUCUCUCAAGCCUGGUAUCUCCACGAAGCCCGGCUCAUCUCAGUCUUCCACUACCAAGAAGACACCUUUAGAAACCUCAAACAACGAAAUUAUCCAGCCUCUCCAUUCCUUUGUCCUAUCCCUGACGAUGAUCCUCUUCUCUGAAAUUGGCGAUAAAACCUUCUUGGUUGCCGCUCUAAUGGCUAUGCGCCAUCCUCGAAUGAUUGUCUUUUCUGCAGCUUUCAGUGCACUCGCCGUCAUGACCGUUCUCUCCGCUGUCCUUGGUCAUGCCGUACCUACCAUAUUACCCGCACACUUUACCAGCGCCCUUGCAUCUAUUCUCUUCUUCGUUUUUGGCAUUAAAAUGAUACUCGAGGCACGCAACAUGGCCCCAGACGAGAACGUCAGCCAGGAAAUGAAGGAGGUAGAGAUGGAGCUGGAGGAAAAGGAGCACGAGCAACGCCGUAUGAGCCGUAGCCGCUCCGGUAUCAGCGCAUAUGCGCUAGAGUCAGGACAUGGAGGAAUGCCACGAAAGAGUCGAUCCUCCAAUCACCGACUUCCCUCUCCAGAAAGUAUAUCUUCUUCGUCUUCGAGAGAUAACUCUCCUUCUCGCGCACACACUAUCGCAAAUUUUACAGCUGGGAUUAGCAACCUGUUUUCGCUUCUCUUAAGCCCCGCUUGGGUGCAAACCUUUGUGAUGACCUUCCUCGGAGAAUGGGGAGACCGAAGCCAGAUAGCUACAAUUGCUAUGGCUGCUGGUGCUGAUUAUUGGUGGGUUACCUGCGGUGCAGUAAUCGGACAUGGAAUAUGCACUGCGGCCGCAGUCAUUGGAGGGCGAGCUAUUGCUGGCAAAGUUAGCAUCCGAGUUGUUACUUUUGGUGGCGCCAUUGCCUUCCUGGUCUUUGGCCUCCUCUACCUUUUCGAAGCGAUAUAUUAA